UUCGCACUUCGACCUUGGCGAGUUUUCCUACCAACGGAACGUCGCCGAUUCUUACGCAAUCUUUCGGUUAUUGUCCUUUCACUUUUACAACAAUUCGCGGUCGCUUUUCUCGGAGAAUAUACGAUUCGUAACGUAAAAGCAAUGAUUAACACAUCGUAGAAAAUUUUAUUAGUUGUAACUUUGCUACCGUUGUAUGUGACAGACUUGCUAAGUAUACACGUGCGGUAAUCUUGACAAAUUAUUUUAAGAAAAGAAAUUCUACAAACGUCGUUUUCGUACAGUCAGUCCGAUGAGUGUGAAAGGUAUACCACGAAUAUCGGAGUUAUUAAUACCCGACAAUCCUGCGUAUCGCACAUAGCACAUACUUAAGUGAUUUGCGCAAAGACGGAAAGAAGCGUCUCACAGAGCUGCAUCUCUUAAGGUAAUCUGAUAUUGAGUAAACAGCGUAUGCGUAAAGUGCACCGUUCGAGCGCCAUAUUGACAGGCGAACACGUGAGAUCUCUUCCACUUCCCCGUCUCCAUCGCAAAGCACUUCGGAGGGUGCCAUCGGAGCACUUUGGCUCACAGGUUUCGCAUAAGCAAACCAGAAUAACCUAUCGCGGCGUCAAACCUGAACUGUACGCAUUUAGCCGUAGUGAGGUCAACUUGAAGAAAUACAUCUGAUAAAAUCCCGACAAAGUUGUCCGCCGCAGGCAACAGAUAUAGGUACAGCAAACACGCAGCACUUAUGACAUCUCCAAAAAUGCCAAUUAAAUUUAAUUGCUCUUGUAAAUUUCCUGUUACUUCGAGACUUCGCAUGUUCUGCGACUUCAAAUGUGCCAGACUAUAUUUUUGAAUUAUUGGAGUUCCAGUUAACUCGUUGGCAAGUUCUAGUCAACAAAUAGUCGCUGUAAAAUAAUCGCUGUAAACGGCGACUGCAACCAAGAUAAAACUUGGUUACUCUGUUGGACAACUGUUGGCACAUGAUUCGAGCUGUGGCCUUGAAGAAUUGCGCGACGUGGAACUUAAAGUUCUGUUAAAGUGUAAAAGUUUUGCGAAACUGUACAAGAGUUGCUGAGAAUUGGACAGACAUAUACACGUCAAACGUGAGUCGUUCGAAGGGAAAUGACCUGUGACGUAUGCGUGCUCUUAAAAUGGCAAUGACGUUCGUUCGUUUAGUUUCAUGAAGAAAGUGGCAGUGUUGGUUUUCUUCGUUUGAAUCAACUUGCUUAAAUAUUUUAUGAGAAGAGACUUUAUUCCAAUUAUACAUCAUAUAUUAUAUAAUAUUCUGACUUUUGACAAAUUAUAUUUCUUCAUAUAAUAAAUUUAUGACGUUCCUUAACUUAAACAAUGAUUUCGAGCAAGGAGGAUUGAGAACUAUGCAAAAAUUUCAAGGUGAAGAUUUGUCCCUGUAUAACCGCGACUCCGACAAGGAGUGACUAUCGAGGUACAUGAAAGAAGGACAUGAACUACUCGCAAGGGAAGGGACGGCUUUAUCCGGCCUACAGUCUAAGUGGCAGCGAGGGUGAGGAUAACACCUCAAGUUUACGUAGUCGCGCCUAUCCGCAAAAUAAUCAUCAAACCAACCAAUCCCAUCACAAUCAUUACAACACAAGUCAACACAAGCAGCGUGCCUAUCAACAGCAACAACAACAUCCCCUGUAUCAUAUGCCCGGCAGUGGUGCCGGCCUCAGCGACACACCAACUUCCGGUAACGCAUCUGACGAAACACUCACUGAUAGUGAUCUUAUCACUGUUGCUCGUGAUUCUGCGCUGCUCGUCCAUAACGGGUGUUUGUUGGACAGUUCGGCACCACGGGGCCCGCCUGAUGUGCCACCCCGUAACCCCGCAAUGAGCCGGCUCAACGGAAGACUGCCAGGAAGUCACGCAGCGAGCGAUCACGAACGCGAUCCCGAUCUCGAGCCAUCCUGUCUCGUACGCACCCCAUCCGGUAACUUCUACAAUAUACCAAAGAUACCGAAGAAUGAAUACAACAACAAGAAUCAGUCCACGGGGAACAGUCCAAUAAAGGUGGAGCUGCAGAACAACAUGGACAGAGUACCUUUACCUUACGGGCACGCCCCGUCGAUGAUCCCGAUGAGGAGACAAAGCAUCCGCUGUCAUUUCCGCAAGGGAAUCGAUUGGUGCAGCUGGAAACUAAUUGCCAUAGUAGUAAUUAUGCUCUCGCUCUGCUUGACCGCGGCAUUAACCUACGUCGCAGCGUCGAAUUUAGUGAACUGGUCGUACCAAGGCACGAAGGCGUGCACGGUCCUGGUGGGCGAGAACACCGACGCCAAGCCGUCUUCGGGCGAGACGAACAAGACGUCCACAUCGUCCACGUCGACGUCGUCGCAGUCGAGCGGCAGGACGCGGCAGCAGUCGUCGUCAGGAGGUAGUAUUAGCACGUCGGAUAGCAUGUUGCUAGAUGGUGUUGUCGUAUACAGCCGCAAACGUAGGGACACGUUUAACGAGCAUGCGUUGCACCAAACUGUCGCGCCACCACCCCCUCGUGACCCCGAGGAGCUGCCCUUGACCCCGGCCGCUCUCGCCGAGGCGGAGACCUCGGGGUCCGGGCAGCGGUCAGUCCCGUUGCAUGAGGAGGAGUCUCCUGGUAAGGUUGUGCAUGAUCCGGAGCAUGCGGACGGUCGGAAUCCGGUGAGAGGAGCCAUCGACCGCUCGAGCGAAGCAGCUGCCGUGAACGCCGAGGACGUGCCGCCGGAGUCACCGGGAUCAACGGCUUCCUCGCGGACGGUACAGCUUGUCGUGAAUGUCUCUUCUACCGCUACUAACUACUCGUACGAUCGUUCGACUCAUACCACUGUCGCUGUCGAUCAUCUCGCCUCUUCGUCCUCUGUCUCUGUCGGUUCUGGCAAUUCUCUCGCGUUAACUUUCGUUCGCCAAUCGCCCCGUAACGAGACGUCCGGCACGACCCCGCGAUCACCGCCGCAAGACACUUCCUCGGGACGCACCCCGAAGUUCCCGGCCGUCGACGGUAUCGACGUCGUCGCCGAGACACGGCAUCAAGAGGUGCACGCCGCCUCGAAAGUCCCGAUGGCGAAACUCAGCCGCGAUGACUUCGCGGAUUUCGUCCGCGAUACCGAUAACGCCGGCACGUCCGAAAGUUCGGACAUUGCCGAAAGCAGCACCGACGGCACCGGGGCUACGACGUCUGCAUCCGGCGCGGAGUCCGCGAAACUUGGCGCAGAUAGCACCGACUACGGCCAAGUAGUCGGCGGAAUUGCAGAAAAUGGCAGUAACGUUUUCCCCGUCGAUUACAGUGAUAAUAUAGACGAUGGCACUGUAGAGCCAACGACCGUAACAGAAAUACACUCGAAGGAACUAACGGAGAGCCAACAAUCGGACGUAAGUAAUUCAAGCGAAAAAUUAGUUCCCGUAGAAAUGGAUCAGAAAAAAGUAGAUGCUGUCACAGUUUCGCCUAGUAUGAGCGUAGAUAAUGAAACAGCGCUUAAUGCUCUACCGAAUAAGGAUGAGAACGUCGAGGAACCUGUGGAAGACGUAAUCGAGGUUGCCGAAGAUCGCGAAGACGUGUCUGAGGAAAAAAUUAGCUCGGAUGAAAAUGAGAGGUUGGUCACUUCUGCAAAAAGCGACGGUAUCUCAAAGACGAUAAAUAUUACCGCGAAAUCGGUAGAAUCCCAGACAUCCAGCAUCGUAAAAGAAACGCGGGAGCUCUCCAGAGAAUUUACCUCUUCCGAAUCCGAGACCUCAUCCAAUAUAACUAGAACUUCCGAGCAAUCUGAGGAACUGCAACGAGACUAUCCCGUCCCGAUUUACAGCUACGGGCAGGACGAGGUGGAGAUCGUCAACCUUCAUCACAAGAAACAACCCGUUGAAACCGCAAAAGCGGAACGCCCUGUUAAAUCAUCCGAAUCCGUGAGUCUCAACAACGAUGUAAAGAUGAACGCCGCUCUUCGACAGGAUCGGAAUAAAAACGAUCCACAGAUCGUCGUGAGAGAAAAGAGCGACGAAGAGUUUCUUCGGCAGUUUAAAGAACAGUUCCACGAGGCGUCCAUCGAUGCUGAAGAAUCCGUUGAAAAUUUCCCAUCGAUUAAGACUAAUUAUAACUCCCCUCCAGCGGACAUGAAACCUCCCGUGCAUGAAACGGUGCAUGAUUCAUCGGGCAACGCAUCACCCGGGUCCCCUUGGUCCAUCCAUCCGAUGACCCAACGCGUGCAGAUCGUAGAGGUACCUGUAUACCGCGACGGUCAUUCGCAGCCGUUGUCCUCGCCCUCUUCAUCGUCCUCAUUCUCAUCGUCAUCGCAUCGAGUGCUCAUAAACGUAACGAUCGCCACCGAAGACUCGUCCGCCGUUUCCUCGAGGCCGCUGUACGUCCUGUCGGUGUCGGUGCCGACGGAAAGCGGCGCGAUUAGCCAUUCAUCCGGGAAUAGCGUCGAUCAGGUGCAGGUGCGCACGGCCGAGCGGCUAUCGGAGCCAUCCGCAGCAAGCAUGAAAAAAAUCCCAGCUAACGACGAAGAAUCGAUUGACGCGAUCGAUACGCGAUUACCGCCACCGCCGCAGCCACCUGCCUCGCCGCCGGCGCCGAUCUGGGCCGGCGGCGAGUGCGAGUGCUCCUGCCCCUGCAUGGGCUCAUCCUCUGACGAGUGGGACAACUUUUCAGCGAUCGACGACGACCUCGAGCAGGAGCAGCUCGAGAGCAUUAACUCCACUCUGUUAGCCGAGAAUUCCCCCGAGGAGCCGGGGGAGAGACUGACGGAUAAGAGGGACGGAGAGUCAUCCGUGAAAGAUUCGGUAAGGCCUGACGCGACCUCCACUACCGAGGACUAUUAUCCUUCGUCGACAGACGACACCGCGGUGAGUGGCGAGUCAAUCAACGAUACUUCCGCGUCGACUUACGAGCCGGAAGUAAGCACUGAUGCGUGGCCUUGCUCUGGGAGCACUCCGCUACCCCCAGAACCCACUAUACUGAUUCUCGAAGGUGCGCGAACCUUCCCGGCGAGGUCCUUCCCGCCUGACGGAACGACCUUCGCUCAGGUCGGUUUAGGACAGAAGCUCAGCAAGGAGAUACCGCCGUACGGCUACUGGAACAUGCAGUUUUACCAAUCGGAGGCCGCCUACGUUCGCUUCGACUACAACAUCCCGCGUGGUGCGAGCAUCGGCGUGUACGCGAGGAGGAACGCGCUGCCCACGCACACGCAGUACGAUCUACUGGAAGUUCUCAGCGGCUUCAAGGCUCGGACCACCAGGGCGUCCCAUGUUAGUGUUAUUCCUUCGAUUAAGAAGGAGGUAACCCAGUAUAUGGAGCCGGGACAUUGGUUUCUUUCGCUUUAUAACGACGACGGAGAUCCUCAUGAAGUCUCGUUCAUCGCCGUAAUCGCCGAGGAUAUGACGCAUAACUGCCCAAACGGUUGUAGCGGCAAGGGCGAGUGUCUUCUCGGCCAUUGCCAGUGCAAUCCUGGUUUCGGUGGCGAAGACUGCAGCGAGAGUGUCUGUCCCGUUCUUUGCAGUCAAAGAGGCGAGUACAUAAACGGCGAGUGCCAAUGCAAUCCCGGCUGGAAGGGCAAAGAGUGCUCCCUGCGACACGACGAGUGCGAAGUGCCCGACUGCAACGGUCACGGGCAUUGCACCAACGGCAAGUGCAACUGUGUACGCGGCUACAAGGGGAAGUACUGCGAAGAGGUCGACUGUCCACAUCCGACUUGCUCGGGCCACGGUUUCUGCGCCGAGGGAACGUGCAUCUGUAAAAAGGGCUGGAAAGGAGCCGACUGCAGUCAAAUGGAUAAAGAGGCACUGCAGUGCCUGCCGGACUGCAGCGGUCACGGGAAUUUCGAUCUGGAGACCCAGACCUGCCUCUGCGAGCCCAUGUGGUCCGGUGAUGAUUGCUCGAAAGAACUGUGCGAUCUUGAUUGCGGGCCUCACGGGCACUGCGUGGACAACGCCUGCGACUGCUUGCCAGGCUGGUCCGGCGAGCUGUGCAAUCUGAAGCAAUGCGAUCCUCGCUGCAACGAGCACGGACAAUGCAAGAAUGGCACGUGUCUAUGCGUCACCGGAUGGAACGGAAAACACUGCACGAUGGAGGGCUGUCCGAAUUCCUGUUCCGGCCACGGACAGUGCAGGGUGUCGAACGACGCGCAGUGGGAGUGUCAGUGCUAUAACGGCUGGGACGGCAAGGAUUGUAGCGUGCUUCUAGAACAGAAUUGUAACGACGGACGAGACAACGAUAAAGAUGGUCUCAUUGAUUGCGCCGACCCGGAAUGUUGCUCCAAUCAUAUAUGCCGCAGCAGCCAGCUGUGCGUUUCAGCUCCUAAGCCAAUCGAUAUAUUACUACGGAAACAACCGCCCGCCAUCACCGCAUCCUUCUUCGAGAGAAUGAAGUUCCUAAUCGACGAGGGCAGUCUGCAGAACUACGCUCGUCAGGAGACCUUCAACGAGAGCCGGUCGGCAGUCAUACGUGGUCGCGUUGUCACGCACCUUGGCACGGGAUUGAUGGGGGUGCGGGUGAGCACCAGCACACCGCUGGAAGGCUUCACUCUCACGAGAGACGACGGCUGGUUCGAUCUCCUGGUGAACGGCGGCGGUGCCGUAACUUUACAAUUCGGCAGGUCGCCCUUCAAGCCGCAGAGCCAUAUCGUCUUCGUGCCUUGGAACGAGGUCGUCAUCAUCGACAAGAUUAUCAUGAGCACCGCCGAGGAGAAGCCACCCAUACACGUUCCGCAUGCGUGCGCGGCUCACGAUUACGAUCUCAUGAAGCCGGUCGUUCUGGCGACCUGGAAGCACGGAUUCCAAGGUGCCUGCCCGGACAAGAGCGCUAUCUUGGCGGAGUCGCAGGUCAUACAGGAAAGCUUGCAGAUACCCGGGACGGGCCUGAAUUUGGUGUAUCACAGUUCCCGAGCGGCCGGUUAUCUCUCCACCAUACAACUGCAGCUGACGCCGGAAGUCAUCCCGCCGACAUUAAAUCUGAUACACUUGAGAAUCACGAUCGAGGGUAUACUCUUCGAGAAGAUCUUCGAGGCCGAUCCCGUGAUCAAGUUCACUUACGCCUGGAACCGCCUGAACGUUUAUCGUCAACGCGUUUACGGGGUGACGACCGCUAUGGUCAAGGUCGGUUACGAGUACGGUGACUGCAAGGACAUCAUCUGGGACGUACAGACGACGAAGUUGAGCGGUCAUGACAUGUCUAUUUCGGAAGUCGGCGGUUGGAAUCUGGACAUUCAUCAUAGGUAUAACUUCCACGAGGGUAUUUUGCAAAAGGGAGAUGGCUCGAACAUUUAUCUCAAGCACAAACCGAGAGUUAUUCUCACCACGAUGGGAGAUGGUCAUCAAAGGCCGCUGGAUUGCUACGACUGCGACGGACAAGCUUCGAAACAGCGUCUCUUAGCGCCCGUUGCUCUCGCCACUGCCGCAGACGGCUCCAUCUUCGUCGGUGAUUUCAAUCUAGUCAGGAAGAUCCUCGUCGAUGGAACAGUUAGAACUGUGGUCAGACUAAACGCAACCAGAGUAUCAUAUCGUUAUCACAUUGCUCUGAGUCCUCUGGACGGCGUUCUCUACAUAUCGGAUCCAGAAUCUCAUCAGAUUAUUCGCGUUCGCGAUACCAACGACUACACGGAUCCCGAGCAUAACUGGGAGACAGUGGUCGGCUCCGGGGAACGUUGUCUUCCCGGCGAUGAAGCUCAUUGCGGUGAUGGCGCUCUCGCGCGAGACGCUAAACUCGCUUAUCCCAAAGGCGUUGCCGUUUCUGCGGACAACGUCCUAUACUUCGCUGACGGCACGAACAUCCGAAUGGUCGACAGGGACGGCAUUAUCACCACCGUGAUCGGCAAUCACAUGCACAAGUCGCAUUGGAAGCCCAUACCCUGCGAGGGCACGUUGAACGUCGAGGAAGUCCACCUCCGUUGGCCAACCGAGCUGGCGAUCAAUCCUCUGGACAAUUCGCUGCACAUGAUUGACGAUCAUAUGGUCCUUCAGCUGGCGCCGGACGGUCGCGUCAAAGUCGUCGCUGGUCGUCCGCUUCACUGCGCUUCGCCAUCGGCCUCGUUCGACACGGAACUCGCGACUCAUGCUACACUCGUGAUGCCGCAGAGUAUCGCGUUCGGUCCAUCGGGCGAUCUCUACAUCGCCGAGAGCGAUUCGCAGAGGAUCAAUCGCGUUCGCGUGAUCGGCACUGACGGCAAAAUAUCGCCGUAUGCCGGCGCCGAAUCCAAGUGCAAUUGUUUGGAGCGCGGCUGCGACUGCUUCGAGGCAGAUCAUUAUUUGGCAUCCACCUCUAAAUUCAACACCAUAUCCGCUGUGGCAGUUUCCCCCGAUGGGGUAGUGCACAUCGGCGACCAGGCUAAUUAUCGAAUCCGCUCGGUGACGGCAAGCAUUCCUGAUGCGAGCGGUGCGCGCGAAUACGAAAUCUAUGCGCCCGACACACAGGAGAUCUAUGUGUUCAACCGAUUCGGCCAACAUAUUGCCACGAAGAAUAUUUUGACCGGCGAAACCGUGUAUCUCUUUACCUACAAUGUGAACACCAGUAACGGUAAGCUCAGCACGGUGACGGACGCGGCUGGCAACAAGGUCUUCUUACUCAGAGAUUACAGCAGUCAGGUAAAUUCGAUUGAGAACACGAAGGGACAAAAAUGCAGACUGAGAAUGUCCAGGAUGAAAAUGCUGCAGGAAUUGAGCACGCCCGAUGAUUACAAUGUUACCUUCGACUAUCACGGACCCACGGGCUUACUAAAAACAAAACUCGACAGUACCGGACGUAGUUACGUUUAUAAUUAUGAUGAGUUUGGUAGACUGACGAGCGCGGUGACUCCUACGGGCAAGGUAAUCAGCUUGACAUUUGAUCUCAGUCUGAAAGGUGCCGUAGUGAAAGUCGGCCAGAACAACAGGAAGCCUAUCUCGAUGCUCAUUAAAGGAUCAUCCGUUGUUACGAAGAUCGGAGAGGCCGAACAGAGAACGACAGUUCUCGCAGAUGGUUCAGUCGGAAGAGUGACACCAUGGGCUCACACGGUUAGCACCGAUUCGAUGCCAUACUCGAUUCUAGCAGAGCUCGAGCCUUUGCUGGGUGAGAGCUAUCCCGUGCCAGCUAAACAGAGAACGGAGAUUGCCGGGGAUUUGGCUAAUCGCUUCGAAUGGCGAUACUUCCUCCGGAAGGUCCAAGGGAACAAGAAUCGUGGCAACACGAAGGCGAUCGCCCAGGUCGGCAGGAAGCUUCGUGUCAACGGUGAAAUCCUGUUGUCUCUCGAAUACGAUAGAGAGACGAACACCGUGGCCGUGUUCAUGGACGAUCGGAUGGAACUGUUGAAUGUCACGUACGACAGAACGGCUAGACCGGUCAAGUGGGGACCGAGAAACGGUAUCUUUGCCGGCGUUGAAUUGGAAUACGAUCGAUUUAGCAGAUUGACAAGCUGGACGUGGGGUGACAUUAGCGAAACCUACGGCUUCGACAGAUCUGGCCGGUUAUUCGAAAUCAAGUACAGCGACGGCACGUCGAUGGUGUACGCUUUCAAAGAUAUGUUCAGCAUCCUACCGUUGAAGGUUACCACACCGCGUGGAAGCGAUUAUCUUCUUCAAUAUGACGAAGCAGGAGCAUUACAGUCGUUGACCACACCAAGAGGACAUAUCCAUACGUUCUCUCUUCAAACUUCUCUCGGAUUUUACAAGUAUCAGUACUAUUCGCCGAUGAACAGACAUCCAUAUGAGAUCCUUUAUAACGACGACGGUCAGAUUCUCGCCAAGGUAUAUCCCCAUCAAAGCGGAAAGGUAGCUUAUGUCUACGAUCACGCUGGAAAACUUGAAACGACACUUGCCGGUCUCUCCUCGAUACAUUACACCUAUCAAGAAACAACCAGUCUGGUGCGCAGCAUCGACAUCAACGAGCCAAACUUCGAGAUGCGCAUCGAAUACAAAUAUCACGCCGGCAUCGUGAAGGACGAGAAGAUCAAGUUUGGCAGCAAGAGCGGCAUGGAUAACGCUCAUUACCGUUAUCAGUAUGACGGUAACGCGCGAAUAUCCGGCAUCGAGGUCGACAUCAACGGCAAACAGCUACCUCAACUUCGUCUCAAGUACAACCAGAAUCUCGGGGUACUGGAGGGCGUCGGCGAUCUCAGGAUAUACAGAAAUCUCUUCAACAGAUCGGUUAUGCAGGACAGCAGCAAACAGUUCUUCACGGUUACGGACUAUGACGAGCACGGACGCGUCAAGACCGUGCUGAUGAACAUCCGAUCGUUCGACGUAUUCCGUAUGGAGCUCGAAUACGAUAAUCGCAAUCGCAUCAAGAUGAGGAAGCUCACGAUUGGAAAGGAGUCGAUGGAGAAGAAAGAGUGGUCCAGAAUGGAAAAGAUCACGUACAACGCAGAUGGUCAUGUGCUGGAAGUAGCGGACACGGAGAACAAUUGGCAGUACGCAUACGACGAGAACGGUAAUGUGAUCGGCGUGACUGAACAUAAUGAAAAAAUCGCCUUGGGCUACGAUAGUGGCGAUCGAGUGGUCCAGUACGGUGACGUUGAGUUCAAUUCAUACGAUGGACGCGGUUUCGUUGUGAUUCGCGGGGAGCACAAGUAUAGAUACAACUCGCGUGGCCAGCUGAUUCAUGCGUCGGAGCACAAGAAAUUCCAGAUCUGGUACUUCUACGAUGACCGUGGCCGACUGGUGUCCAUGAACGACGACCGAGAGAACAUCACUCAAUUCUUCUACGCAAAUCCAAAGACUCCGGAUCUGAUAACGCACGUGCACUUCCCGAAAUCGUCCAAGACGUUCCGAUUCCUCUAUGACUCGCGCGAUUUCUUGAUGACCGUGGAGACGUCCGAGCAACGCUUCUACGUCGCGACGGACCAAAAUGGCUCGCCUCUCGCUCUCUUCGACACUAACGGCAAUCUCAUCAAAGAAAUGCGGCGCACUCCUUUCGGCAAGAUUAUUAAGGACACCAAUCCGGACUUCUAUCUGCCCAUCGAUUUCCACGGAGGUCUCUUCGAUCCCAACACCAAGUUGAUCUACCUGAACAAGAGACUUUACGAUCCGACUGUCGGACAAUGGAUGACGCCAGCUUGGGAACAGAUGGCCAAUGAACUUACCACACCGACCGACAUUUUCAUCUAUCGCUUCCGCAAUAACGAUCCGGUCAACUUUAAGCAGAAUGUCGAAUACAUGACAGAUUUGGGAAGCUGGCUAAAGCUCUACGGCUACGACAUCUCGAUGAUGCUCGGUUCCGAGUACACGAAGCAAAUGGUUUAUCAGCCGAGCGCGACCGUCACAUCCCCGCAACUGACUCCGGACUUCGGCGUGAUGUCCGGCCUGCAGUGCAUCGUGAAUCGCGUGCAAGAGAAGUUCUCUGACCUCGGUUUCGUUCCUAAACCUUUGUUGAAGUUGGAACCGAAAACGAGGAACCUCCUACCGCGAGUGGCACAUCGUCGAGCGGUCUUCGGCGAGGGUAUCCUGGUAUCGCGCGUCGGCGGCCGAGCUCUGGUGAGCGUGGUGGACGGUGUGAACAGCGUGGUGCAGGACGUGGUGACGUCAGUAUUCAACAACUCGUACUUCCUGCCGUUACACUUCAGCGUGCACGACCAGGACGUCUUCUACUUCGUCAAGGACAACGCGCUGAAGAUCCGCGACGACAUGGAGGAGCUCCAUCGACUCGGGAGCAUGUUCAAUGUGUCCACGCACGAGACGACGGAGCACGGUGCGGGCACGUGGAAGGAGCUGAGGCUUCACAAUCCGGACGCGGCCGUGGUGAUCAAGUACGGGGCCGAUCCCGAGCAGGAACGACACCGUAUUCUGAAACACGCGCACAAACGAGCGGUCGAGAGAGCCUGGGAGAUCGAGAAGCAGUUGGUGAUAGCCGGUUUCCAGGGUAGGGGCGACUGGUCGAAGGAGGAGAAGGAUGAAUUGAUCAGCCGCGGCACGGUCGACGGCUAUGAGGGCGUCGACAUCCACAGCGUGCACAGGUAUCCCCAGCUCGCCGACGAUCCCGGUAACGUCGCGUUUACCCGCGACACCAAGAGGAAGAGGCGGAAGAGCGGCAACAGGCGCAACAGGACUCACAGGCACGACUCGUGAUUCGAGGACACUACGACGCGAGUUUGGAGUAUAACUUGGGACUUGAUUCGCGCGUGAAUCCGAGUACUACGAAACGGGAGAGAAAGAGAGCAACGCGUUAAUGGAAAAUCCUGCCGCCGCGUGUCGUAAAAUUGCAAUUUAGCGCGAGCGGCCGGCGAUGUCGCACUUUUCUCUCCUCGAUCCUUCUCUCGGCCUCUUCUCCCCGCGCUCGUCGUCGAGACGCGAUGAUCUACCACGAGCGACCACGGAUGCGUCCCGUGUCCGGAUGCAAACCUACCCCCGUCGAUGUGCCAUAAGCGCGUCCACGCGAUCGCGAUCUAUCCUAGAUUCCUAGAUCGAUCGAUCAAUCGUGCGUGCGAAGACGGCGGGUGUGGGUGACGGAUCGCGAAGUGUCAAAAUUAAGCUAGUCGCAUUAUUAACGAAAUGAAGAAUAUAAAGCUUGUUACACACGGUGAUUAGUUUAUAGAGAAGACAGAGGGACACGAGGAAGAGGGAGGGAGAGAAGGAGAGGUGGCGAAAAUCGAGGUAUUAUAGGGACGAAGAGAUGCGUGCGUGUGAACUUUCAAAGUGCCGUCCGCGACGAAAAUCCGAUAGUGUUUUCGCGAAAAGGAGGGUGGGUGGGGAGUAUGGAGUGUGUCUUGGACUUUUUCGGAUCGUCGGUCGAAUACAGCAUGCCGAUGUCAUUCAAUAGGGUCUACAAGACACGCGUAAGCACGCACGCGGAAGCGAAGGUAUCUCGAGGUAUCGUCGGGUUGAAGUCGGAAGAUGCGGGGCGAGAGGAUAAUUUUCAAUACAAAAAGAUACGCCGAUGUUCUCCGAACGUCCAGUUAUCUGGCACUCAGUUCGGGAUGCUCUCACCUCGCAUCUCUGAUUGGGACGUAUCCGCUCCGCGGGGGUGGAUACAUCUAAACAAACUGUCCGUGGACGUCGCCGUAGAUCGCGUCGCGAGACGCCGUAGGAAAAGCGAGAGAAAGAGAGAGAAAGAGAGAGAUUGAAAGGGAACGAAAGAGAGAAAGAGAGAGAGAGAGAUUGAGAGAGAGAGAAAGAGAAAGAGACAAAGGAGAGCAGAUAUACAGCAGAUAUUUUUAACAAGGCGCAAAUUGGUGUACUAGAUGCGAGACAAGCAAUUGUAAAUAUAGCUACUCGAACUCUUAAUGGUAAAUGUAGAUAAAAUAUCGUAAUGUAACGCGCGAAAACGAUCGUAAACUCAAGUGGAACUGUCGAUACCGCUUUUUUAUAUGUAUAGAAAGAAGAAAACAUGACACACACACAUACACACACACAUACACACACACACAUACGUACAAACAUGUAAAGAUAUAGGAACUUGUGCCCCCGUGAUAUGCUCGAACGCAAGAAAUGGGGUAAAGUCGCGGAAGUUAUAUCGGACGCGUCGCGAUCUUUUCGAUAAAAAAAGAUUAAUAAAUAACGCGAGAGAUUCUGUCAGGAGAAAACGCGACGUUCGCGCGAAACGGACGGUUCGCGUUUAAAUCUCGACCCAGGCCUACGCACGAUUGAUACACAAGUACACAAGAAACACACUAUCGCUUCAAAUCGGCCGAAUGCAUAGCAUGAUCGGCAACGUUAUCUCAUUGAUUUUGCUGGCACGUGCGAACGUGUAAUUGAAUGAGCCAAGUAUAAAUGUGACAUCUAGCAUCGAAAUCUAUCAAGGUCCUAAGAUCUAUAAAAAAUUCGGAAUUUAUUUUAAAAAUACAAUUUCUUUAAUAUUUAAAGUAAGAGUUCAUGGAGUUUUUACAAGCUUUUAAGCAAGUAAAGUGAUACACUGAUUUCCCAAUAAUAAAAGCAAUAGUCAAUGCAAAAGUUCUUGAAAAGUGGUAUUAAAACAAAUUGAUAUCGGAAAAUGAUCAAAAGUGACAUGAUCACUUUUAUCGUUUCAGAAUUGUUGCACUGCCCCAAUUAUCUGAUUUGAAUUUGAUAGAUAGAUUUCAAACUUGAUGAAUUUUGAUCGUGACUGCCUGAGCGAAUCUACCGAUUUGUCGUAGACAACGUAGACACGUGUAAAUAGUAUCGUAUCACGUAAACGUGUAAGAACUAUUGCGACGUGAUAUCGUCACGUAAUAAAAAAUGACGUGACGCGACGUGACGAGACGAGCGACAGUCGUAACGGGAUGCGUCGAAGUAAUAAUGUCCAGAAGAAAUAAUAAUAUAAUGAAAAAUAAUAAUAAUAUACGAUAACGAUAAGUAAUAAGAAUAAUAAAUAGAGUAAUAAUAAUAAUGGGAAAAAAAACGAUAAUAUAUUACCAUUAUACGGAAAAAUGCCCCGCCUAUCUUUCUACUAAAAAUGAGAAAUUAUUUUUUGAAUUGUGUCGUCGAAGAAGUCCUAUGUAACCGUGUGUAUGUGGGAUCGCCCUGUGGAAAAAAGAACCUCACCCCCCGCGCUCCGCCGAAGAGAGCAUCCCCGGAAAAAAAUAGUUGGAUUAACAAGAAUCGAUGUAUGCAGAGAGAUUCGUUUCGUCAAGUUAUAAAUUCCUAAUCCUCAAAAUAUAGGGGAUUGGUUUUGCGAUGAUUGAAUUCUUUUUCUAUAUACCUUAAUACGUGUCCAUUCAAUUCUCAUCGGGAAGGAAAAAUUAGAAACUUUCACGAAACGUUUGAAACGUGAAAUUUUUCCUUAUUAAUUUUCCCUUACGGGAUUAAAUUCCACAUCAGUGCUUUUUCUCUUUUCAGUUAAGUUGUUAACGAGUCCGACCUCUUAUAACGCAAUUUUAAGACAAAUCUCCCUGGCUUCGAAGAUCAAAUAUUUCGCCGAAAUAAAUUUCUUUCGAUUCAUCUUAAUUCACCUAUCUUUUACAGGGCACAACCUUAGCCCCUCCUCUCUAUAACUGAUAUAGCUGAACUCGUCGGUGUUUAUCAAUAUUGGGUAAAUAAGGAAAAAAAAAAGUAAAAAGUGUAGAAGUCUGUGGUUCGGGUCGAAUGAAGUAACCGACUAAUAGAAAGUAAAGAAUGCAAAAAAAAAAAACGAAAUAUAACGCAUAAUAUAUAUAUAUAUAUAAAUAUAUAGGAGUACACGGUGAGCCAACGUGCGAGCCAACGCAGCUCCACCACGUUGUGUUCCGCGUAGACGAUAUAUAUUAAAAGGAGAAAAAAAAA